AUGUUUAGUUCACCAAUUCAAAAAGGUUGUCUAACACCGCCAAUGUCACCAAUGCGAGUAUCAUCUUUGGAUGAUACAAACUUUGGUGGUGGUGGUGGUGGAGGCACAGCGAAUAAUGUAUCUGGGACUAACAACACUUUCCAUCAAUUAUUAGGGACUCCCCCCAAACUAUCGUUGAAUUCAAUUGGGACUUAUAAGACGUCUUUAUCAAAAUUGAAUAAUCAAAGAACAAGAAGAUUAUCAGAUCCUUCUAUAAAAGAAAAUUUAAAUCCUUCUUCUUUAUUAUUUUUUAAAAAUACGCCAUUGAUGUUUAACAAGGACGAAAUCAAGAAACCACAUAAUCAAACUCCUCUUUUAUCAUCGAUCUUAAUGCAGCAAGCUGUAAAUGAUUCUCAAAAAAAUAGCAAAAAUAAUUUGGAUUCAAAUAAUUUGGAUGGUAAAGAUAAAAAGAAACAAGAUAUCAAACAAUGUCUGAUGCGAACUCAAUGGAAUAAGCAAACACAUACACAAAAUCCAUUAAAUGAUGAAAAUGCUAAUCUGGAUAUUUUAGAAAAGAAAAAGAAAAAGAAGACUCCAAAGAAGAAAAAAUCAAACAGUCCAAAGGCUAACUCUAAGUCCAGAGAAAAUCUGAUAUUAAAUUCUAAUUCAAAUAUAAAUACAAAUACAAUCACAAAUUCAAACACAAAUGCAACACCAGAUGUAAUUGCCACUCCACUUACAAAUCCUAGUUCAAAUGUAAGUGCAAACCCAAAUGUUUUAAAAAAUAGUGUCAAUAAGAUUAGUUUACCAAAGAGAUCAAAGGUGCCAACUUAUUCCAAUGUUGUUCCUCAAGAGAUACCUGAUUAUCAAACAAGAUUUAUAUCCCGGAUGACAAGUCCAGUAAAUGAAAGAAUCUUUACUGAUUUGUCUGAAUUAACUUCUAAUUCUUUAACGUUAGAAAAUAGUAGUGAUUUAAUGAUUUCAAAUCCUGUUGAACAAUUUCCAGUGGAUAAAAAUGGAUUUGUUAAAAUAAAUAAUCCGAAACACAACAGAUAUAGUUUUAUCUCCAGUGCUUCCACUGAUGUAGAUUUCGAUUGGUUUAAUCAAAUGAACUUGCAAUCUAAUAAUAAUUAUUUAAAUUUACAGAGAAAUUCAAUGAUACAACAGCAACAACAGCAGCAACAACAGCCUAACUUAUCAAAUACAACUGCAAGUAAAAUUGAUAAUAGAAUUGAGCAAUUAGAGCAAGAGAUUGCAAAUCUAAGAGCUCAAAAUAUGCAAUUGAUGAAAACUAUUACUACAACAAAUGAAUCUGUAAUGGACUCAUGUUAUAAUAGCAAUAAUCAUAAUAAUCCAAUUUUUAAUAAUAGCCGUCAUCUAUCUCCUCAAUCAACUUUACAAAAUCAUUUUAUUGAUAAUGAAUAUAAUGAAACUGAAUCAUUUAUUUCCUCUGAAAGACAUGCCUCACAAUUGGAAAGAAAACUUCAAUCACUAGAAGAUAGUAUAAGAGAAUAUAAGUCAAUGUUAAAUUCGAUUAUUGAGAAUUCAAACCAAAGCCAAAAUUCAAACAAUUAUACUACCACAGGCGGUCAAAUAGGGAAUCAAUUAGCUCAUAACUAUUCUACAAAUGAAAGUGUCUAUAGUAACACAAUAUAUUCAGAACCAAUUUCUGCAAGAACCAAUUCAACCGUAUUGACAUCGAUAAUGGAAAAUUCAACAAGCUACCGUAACGAAAACCCAAUAAAUAAUAACAAUUCCAUGAAUCAAUUAAUGUCACCUCCUACACUAAUGGAUAAAUCGAAAAAUAUCCAAAGUACAAGAACAACUUCUGAUACAAGUUCCGAAAGAAGAUCGGUUUUACGUCAAACACCAAAGAGGAAAAUGGGUUUACAGUUACAUCUACAAAUUCAUAAGUAA